AUGUUAUCUUCGUCAGAAUCAUCUUCACAUGCUAUGGAAAAACACACAGAAGUGAUAAACGAAACAAAAUCAUACCCACAAGAAGAAGAAUCUGCUCAACAAUCGCUAAUGUCAAAAUCACAAGAAGAAGUUCAAGAAUAUGAACAAGUUUCAUCUAAUUCAGAAUUUGUUACUUUAGGUAACCACACUUUCAAGAGAGCUGAUUUAUUGCAUGCUUUGGGUGCAGAAUUUAACAAUGCUGGUCAACAAAUGGCUGCAUACAGUGAACCUGCUGUCAAACGUCUAGCCAACCCAAUCCCAUUAGGUUUAGCUUCUUUCUCCUUAUCUUGUAUGUGUCUUUCUUUGGUUAAUGCCAAUGUCCGUGGUACUAAUAAUGUUAAAUUGUUAAUUUCAGAAUUCAUGUUUUUUGGUGGUGCCAUUGAAUUGUUUGCUGGUUUGUUAUGUUUUGUUACAGGUGAUACUUACGCUAUGACUGUCUUUUCUUCCUUUGGUGGGUUCUGGAUUAGUUGGGGUUGUAUCAACACUGAUCAAUUUCACAGUAUUUCUGGCUACGGUGAUGAUACUAAGAUGUUUAAUAAUGUUUGUGGGUUUUUCUUAGCUGCUUGGACUGUCUUUACAUUUUUGGUUUUGAUGUGUACGUUGAAAAGUACCUGGGGUUUGUUCUUAUUGCUAUUAUUUUUAGAUUUAACUUUCCUAAUGCUUUGUAUCGGUACUUUCAUUGGUAAUAACAAAUGUAACGAGGCUGGUGGUUAUUUCGGUAUAUUGGCCAGUUGUUGUGGUUGGUACUCAUUAUAUUGUAUGAUUGUAACUCCAGAAAAUUCAUACUUCCCAUUGGUCGCCACUACAAUGCCAAACUUCCCAGUCGUUUAA